UUUAGUCCCACAUCGUAACAUAAUUUGCCAAAACAGUUGAACGGCUGGAUUUCUAACAAAAAAGUCAGUGGGCCCCACCUAGCUUCCUAGGGCAGGCAAUCCGCGGGGAGCCUGCCGUGAAAAGGGCAUAAAUGUCAUUUCUUCCUGAGGAAUUUUUGCUUUCAACCGAGUCACGCUUUGACUCGGAAAACCAAGCUCGAUUCCUGUUCAGUCCUGGUUCUCCUGAGUUGACCAGGUUAAGUCUCCAGUCGACUCACCUGGUUUGCAAACUACCUAAUAUACUAUCAUAUUUUUAAACGGAUUUCUACCUAUCCAAGAAAGAAUUGUGAGGAAAAACUCAUUUCUGCAGAUAAGUUUGGAAAGAAGGUGGUGGUCAAGAACUAUCUCUCAGCAGUAGCAUUCAACAACAUAACUCGGCUCGCAUUCGGAAAGCGCUUCGUGAACUCGGAGGGCAUCAUGGACGAGCAAGGGAUCGAGUUCAAGGCAAUAGUCUCAAAUGGGUUGAAACUCGGUGCAUCGCUCGCUAUGGCCGAACACAUUCAAUGGCUUCGGUGGAUGUUCCCACUGGAGGAGGAGGCGUUCGCGAAACAUGGGGCCCGCAGGGACCGACUCACCAAAGCUAUCAUGGAUGAACACACGGUCGCACGAGAAAAGAGCGGUGCGAAGCAACAUUUCGUCGAUGCGUUGUUGACACUCCAGGAGAAGUAUGAUCUUAGCGAAGACACAAUCAUUGGACUGCUUUGGGACAUGAUCACAGCAGUCAUGGUCACUACUGCAAUAUCAGUUGAGUGGGCCAUGGCAGAGCUGAUCAAGAACCCAAGAGUGCAAGAGAAAGCCCAAGAAGCGUUAGACCGAGUCCUCGGGUUCGAUCGAGUGCUGACUGAGUCAGACUUCCCAAACCUCCCCUACCUGCAAUGCGUGGCUAAGGAGGCUCUACGGUUGCACCCACCAACACCCCUCGUGCUCCCCCACAAGGCCGCUGCAAACGUUAAGAUCGGCGGCUACGAUGUUCCCAAAGGCUCCAACGUACAUGUGAACGUGUGGGCCCUUGCACGUGACCCAGCCAUGUGGAAAGAUCCACUACAGUUCCGCCCUGAGCGAUUCCUUGAGGAGGACAUCGACAUGAAGGGUCACGAUUUUCGGCUACUACCGUUUGGAGCUGGCCGUCAGGUUUGCCCUGGGGCCCAGCUGGGGAUCAAUCUGGUCCAGUCGAUGCUGGGCCACCUCUUGCAUCAUUUUCAGUGGACCCCACGAGAAGGGGUCAAGGCUUUUUGGGUUUUCUACAUAUGCUUAAAGCUUGUAGUUUGA